AUGUCCGUAGCGAGAUCUGCAUACCGUCAUAUUCUCAGCUUAGCCGCCAGAUUUCCUCAACGUGUCGAAGAUCUGGAUGACCUUUGCUUCGCACUUUUUGGCAUUCUCCUGAAUCGAUCGGAUUUCGCUGCGGCCGGGUAUGGGAGCGAUCUGAAUACAAUUGUAAGGAACUGCUUUCUUCGACCUAUCAUCCCCGAUGAUCCUCGGGAUAGUGUAUCAGCACGUUUAGCAAGCAGCUUUGUUGUGCUACGUAAAUUACACGAGGUUGAAAAUUCGCGUGCUUGGCAAUUCACACGGGAGCGGCGCAAGGGAAUGUUAGUACGCCAAAAUGGCGGCCUUCCAGCGCCGAGUGAUGCCGACAGCGUCGCGAGUGCCCUUUCCGAAACGUCAAGUCUUACACCGAAAGAUGAGAAGGAAGUGCAAAAGAAUAUGGAAGAGUCCGAAAUGGUAGGGGGAGCUGUGGUAGACACUCCGCGCAGCAAGGCCGAAUUAGAGUCUAUGAGGCGGCGAGCUGAUAGAAAAGGCCUUGACGCGCCCGAGUCUGCGACCACAGGGACAAAGGCAUCGACGGAAGACGACGACAUCGUAGUCGGGGACGCAACCAUUUUUAUCGAGCGCCCGAAAAAUCAUCGCGUUCAGAAGUGUAGCCGACAUGUGGUGAUCUGCCGUGAGUGGGCUGGUAUCCCACCGUAUUCAUACCUGCUACCGCCGGAGCCGAUGUACCACGUGAACAUCAGCGACGACUUUCCGUUCCACCUGAUGAACGACGCCAUUAUCUGUUUAGCGGCGAGCAGCACGCUUCUUAGGGAUCAGGCCGCCCGGCGGGAGGGCGGUGAGGGGGCCACACGUGAUAAAGCGAUGUCGUCUCCGAGAAAGUCGCCCUCCCUACGCGCGCCGGGCACCGCCCAUUCCGCCGUUCCGGGCAACCCCGCCUUCGUCGCCAGACCGGAGGCUCGAUGGCCUGGCGAUGCCCUACCGCGAUCGCACGACGACCUCUACCGGCUUCUUCGCAGUAUCCCCACCCGCACCACCAUCCGGACGGACUUCGUCGAGGUGGAGGUGGGCACGCAGUACGUCUGCUCGAACCCUUCCGCCGCGGUCGGGGCGGAUCCCACGAAUGGGGAGAGGGAGGGGGGGGAGGGGGUCCCCCGGAGUUCCUCCUCCGCCUCCCCUUCGCAGCAUCUCUUCCUCUAUGAUGUCGUCAUCCGCGUGUUGGGGCCGUCGAGCGCGGCGAACCCCCGGCGGUGGCACGUCCAGGUGAUGUCGCAGCACCUCACCGUGGUCGACCCCGGGCGGGGGGCGGUGGUGGAGAUGGUGCGGCCGGGGGUGAUGGGGAACUUCCCGAUGUUGGCCCCAGGCGAAUCCCACGCCUUUGAGUCGGGGACGAGCCUCUUCGGCCGCGAUGGGAUCCUCCGCGGGACGAUCCAGCUCAACGCCUUCAACGAGGACGGCGAGAUGCGCGCGCUGGAUGUCGCGAUGGCGCCCACCAGACUCUCCGUUUCGGUGGAAGACCGUGUCUCGCAGAAGGCGCCCUCCAGCAAGCGCGAUGUUGGCAGUGGUUCUGCGAAGACGGAAACCACGACGGCGACACGCUAA